AUGCUUUAUGCCGCUGUCUUCCUCCCUCCAGAUGACUGGGAUGCGGCUGUCGCAAGUUUGCUGCAGGUCACGCCGUCCCUGCCCCGUAGCCUGUGGAGCAACACCGCGCGCUGCUACCUGAUGAACGCGGCAGACACCCAGCCGCAGGUUGACCUCUUCCUCCAGGAAUACUCUCCGAAGCUGCAAACAAUCUGCGAGAGCCUUGGUCACUUUUUCCUCAUGGUACAUUUCCCAGUGGAGAAUUCACACCAAUACUUAACGGAGAGAAGGUGGGAGAUUGAGAAAAGCUCCUUGUGUCUUGCCUUCCUCGGUGCUGCUUUGCCCAGAUCCAUGGAAGAGGACUGCGAAGAAUGUUUCCUGAAGAACUCUGAGACCAAACCUCUGGUGAUCUACCACAGCCUGUCAGAGACUGGUGGCGGUUCUGAGGAAGCGCUCCGACUGAUCGGAAAAAUAUCGGAUGCAAAUGAUUCCCAACGAGCCAAGAUCAUCGAAGAUGAUGGAAAUGCAGAGGAGGGCGCAAAGAAAAUAUUUGCCCAAAUAGAAAAGAUCAUCAAGCAGGAAUUGCUGGGCUGGGAAAGCGCAAACCUUGAAAACAAGGAUUCCGGAUUGAAGGAUGAUUCCACGAACUGGGAAGAGGAGGACUUUGGAGAUACCAUCUGGGAUAUGCACGAAGAGCAGGGGCAGUUGGAAGCGUUUCAAGCUGCUUGUGGGAACACCUCCGAAUUGGGAUUUGACAAGUAUUACGAGCGGCUGAAUGAUCUGGUGUCUGCCCCUGCACCCAUACCUCCACUGCUUGUGUCAGGAGGACCUGGCUCGGGGAAAUCCCUGCUGCUCUCCAAAUGGAUUGAGCAUCAACACAAGGCUUCACCGAGCACUUUACUGUUGUAUCACUUUGCAGGAAGGCCUUUGUCCACCAGCUCCGAGCCAGCACUCAUAAUUAAACGACUCACCGUCAAGCUGUUGCAACAUUCCUGGUCCAUGUCAGCUCUUACACUGGAUCCGAGCAAGUUACUGGAAGAGUUCCCUCGAUGGCUGGAGAAAUUAUCUGCACGCCAUCAGGGCAGUAUCAUCAUCAUCAUCGACUCCAUCGACCAGAUCGAGCAAGCUGAGCGUCACAUGAAGUGGUUAAUCGACCCACUCCCUGUAAACGUCAGAGUGAUCGUCUCUGUCAACGUGGAGACCUGCCCGCAAGCAUGGAGGUUGUGGCCGACCCUUCACCUUGACCCGCUGAGCCCGAAGGACGUCAUAGCUCUGAUCACCGCAGAGUGCCACCACGCGGACGUCAAGCUCACCCGAGAGCAGGUGAAGCGGCUGGAGAAGCAUUGCCGAUCUGCAACAACGUGCAACGCCCUCUACGUUACUCUCCUGGCCAAGAUGCUCACAUGCGUCAAAGGCCUUGGAGAUGUCGACGUUAUUGUCCAGCAGUGUUUUGAAUGUCAGGACACCGUCUCCUUAUACAGGCUGGUGCUGCAGUCUGUACAGCAGGCACUGCACACUGACGGGGCCAAACAACUAAUGCAGGAGAUGCUGUGCCUGAUCUACGUGAGCCACAACGGUGUGAGUGAAGGUGAGCUGCUGCAGAUUUACCCUGAGCUUCUCUGGCCCACCUUGUCCUCGCUUCUCCGCAGCUUGCAGAGCACGUGCGUGCUGGCACAGAGCUGUGGCCUCCUCAACUUCCAGCACCUGCAGGCUUUGGACGCAGUGCGAUUGGAAUAUAUGGAGAAAAAAGGACAGGAUUCUGUUACAGUUUACAGAGAAAAACUAGUGCAGUAUUUUUCGCAUCAAAUGAGUCAGGGCAGAGUGACGUGGCGGGGAGUGGAUGAGCUGCCCUGGCUCUUCCUGCAGCAGGGGGACAAGACCAAGCUGCACGACUGUCUGCUCAACCUUUUUGUGUCUCAGAACCUGUACAAGAGAGGCCAUUUUGCAGAGCUGCUAUCCUAUUGGCAAUACGUGGGGAUGGAUAAGAAUUCCAUGGCUGCUGCUUACUUUGAGUCAUUGAAGCAGUACGAGAGGAGCUGCGAAGGGGAGGACAUGAUCGUGCGCUUGGCAGAUCUCUACGAGACGCUCGGCCGAUUUUUGAAAGACUUGGGCCUGCUGAGCCAGGCGGUGGCCCCACUGCAGCGUUCUCUGGAGAUCCGGGAGAGUACGUUGGACCCGGACCACCCCAACGUGGCGCAGUCCCUGCACCAGCUCGCCAGCGUGUACGUGCAGUGGAAGAAGUUCGGCAACGCCGAGCAGCUGUACAAGCAGGCGCUGGAGAUCAGCGAGAACGCCCACGGCCCCGUACACCCACGGGUGGCCCAGCAGCUCGAUGCCCUGGCCAUGCUGUACCAGAAACAGAACAAGUACGAGCAAGUGGAAUCAUUGAGGAAGCGAUCGAUGAAGAUCAGGCAGAAGAUGUCCAAGCAAAAAGGGAACAUGCACGGCUUUGCCAUCCUGCGUCGCAGGGUGCUGCAGUUGGAGGAGCUGAGCCUGCGCGCCGAGUCUGCAGACACCGCCCACACUCUCAACGAGCUGGGAGUGCUGUACUACCUGCAGAACAACCUGGAGACCGCUGAGAUGUUCCUGAGACGUUCGCUGGAGAUGAGGGAGCGCACCGUCGGGCGUGAGCACCCGGACUGCGCGCAGUCCCUCAACAACCUGGCGGCCCUGCACAACGAGAGGGGGGAGCAGGAGAAGGCGGAGGAGCUGUACGAGCGGGCGCUGGAGAUCCGCUGCCGAGCCCUGGCACCCGACCACCCCUCCGUGGCCUACACCGUCAAACACCUGGCCCUGCUCUACAAGAAGCGAGGGAAGCUGGAGCAGGCGGCUGCUCUGUGUCAGUUGGCGGUGGAGAUACGACAGAAGUCCUUUGGGCCAAAGCACCCGAGUGUAGCCACGGCCUUGGUCAACCUGGCCGUGCUGUACUGCCAGCUGAAGAAGCACACGAAAGCGCUGCCGCUCUAUGAGCGUGCGCUGAAGAUCUACGAGGACAGCCUGGGCCGCUGUCACCCGCGGGUGGGAGAGACACUGAAGAACCUCGCCCUGCUCAGCUACGAAGAGGCCAAUUUUGAGAAGGCAGCAGAAUUGUACAAAAGGGCGAUGGACAUCAAGGAGGCGGAGGUGUCGGGGACUAGCGGCAAAGCUCUCUCGCGCCACUCGUCCAGCGGGGAUGCGCUGAGUUUGAAGAACACGGCGGCCGUCAAUCCCUGUCUGGAGCUGGCCUUCAGGUGACUGCGACCCACACGCCCAUGGCAUCAUCCCUCUGCUUGGAGGCUGCCGACCUGCUAUAGACAAUAGACAAUAGGUGCAGGAGUAGGCCAUUCGGCCCUUCGAGCCAGCACCGCCAUUCAAUGUGAUCAUGGCUGCUCAUCCCCAAUCAGUACC